GACAGCGCUGUGUACAUGCCCGUCAGGUUGUCCUCUGAGAGCCUUGUUACCGUUUAGUGUGUUUGACUGUGUUAUUUUUGUGCAGCAGUAGAAAAAGAGCAGAUUAACGAUGACUUCCAGAGGGACACCGAGUCGUUUCUUGAGAAGUGUCCUUCAAAAUGGCGUCGGUCGGUACGUUUGCCAGCUAAAACGAAUCUCCAUCGUCUUCUCCAAAAAGGCUCAGAGUUCGCUGGGAGUCAGGGAUUUUAUCGAGGAGGGAGUUGUGGAUUAUGCCAACAAGAACCCUGGAACUGUCGUCUAUGUGUCUCCGCAGCCCUGCAGGGUACCAAAAAUAGUUGCAGAAUACUUAAAUGGCAACGUGAGGGAAGAAACCAUCACAAGCAAAACGUCUCAACAGAUAUCCGAGCUUUUGACUAAGCUGACCAAUCAGUCCGGUCUGGAAAUCAUCCGCAUCCGCAAACCCUUCCACACAGACAGUCCCAGCAUCCAGGGCCUGUGGCACCCUUUCACCAACCGGCCCCCGUCUAUUGGCCCCAUAAGGCCAACGAAAGGACUAACGAAAGAAAAUGUUUAACUUCCAUUUGUAUUUUUUGCAGUUUAAAUUAAAUCACUGGUGAAUAACAGUUUCUACAUUGGCGUCCUUUUGAUUUUUUUUUCCUGGAUAAUACCACACUGUUGUCUGAUUAUUAUUUUUUUUAACCAUCUCCUUCUGUUUGCAGCAGAGCCCACUUGAAGGAAAAAUGCUCACAGUUCCAGCUCUAAAUGCCACAUUUGAAUAGACUUUAAAUGGAUCCACCAGAGCUUUGUGAGCGGGCAUACUAAAGAGCAGAUAACUGUUUUUAAAUCUCAAGGUUAUUUGAAGAUUUGUGUAAUAAGUGCCGCAGAUGGAACUUUGAAA